GUAAUCUUCUCCGGCGAAACCACCUUCGGCUACAAAGAAUGGAGCGGACCCCUCAUCUCCGUCUCCGGCACGGACCUGACCAUCACCGGCGCGAGCGGGCACAGCAUCAACGGGGACGGCAGCCGGUGGUGGGACGGCGAGGGCGGCAACGGGGGCAAGACGAAGCCCAAGUUCUUCGCGGCGCACAGCCUGACGAACUCGGUGAUCAGCGGGCUGAAGAUCGUCAACUCGCCGGUGCAGGUGUUCAGCGUCGCGGGGUCGGAUUACUUGACGCUGAAGGAUAUCACGAUCGAUAACGCGGACGGCGACGACAACGGCGGGCAUAACACGGAUGCGUUUGAUAUCGGCACGAGUACGUAUGUGACGAUCACCGGGGCCACGGUGUAUAAUCAGGAUGAUUGCGUGGCGGUUAACUCGGGGGAGAAUAUCUACUUCUCGGGCGGCUACUGCUCCGGGGGCCACGGGUUGUCCAUUGGUUCGGUGGGCGGACGCAGCGAUAAUACGGUCAAGAACGUGACGUUUGUGGAUUCGACGAUCAUCAACUCGGAUAAUGGCGUCCGCAUCAAAACCAACAUCGACACCACCGGCUCCGUCAGCGACAUCACCUACAAGGACAUAACCCUCACGUCCAUCGCCAAGUACGGGAUCGUGGUGCAACAGAACUACGGCGACACGUCGUCGACGCCCACGACGGGGGUGCCGAUCACGGACUUUGUGCUGGACAACGUGCACGGCUCGGUGGUCAGCUCCGGGACCAACAUCCUCAUCUCGUGCGGGUCGGGCAGCUGUUCGGACUGGAGCUGGACGGAUGUGAGUGUCAGUGGGGGGAAGACGAGUUCGAAGUGUACGAAUGUGCCGAGUGGGGUUAGUUGCUAG